GCGAAUGUCGGAAAGCGGUGCUCUGACUGUUGUGAUGCGUUUAAAACCUGCAUGAGCCGCGGUGGGCGUGGCCAACAAUCACACAAACACACCCGUUCUUCUCUUUGGAAGUAUUUUUUAGUUUUUAAACGUAAUUUAUUUGUCUUGGGGCGUAACAUUAAUUUACUGGAGCUCAAAAUGUCAAACCCUCUGCAACCUCUCUUCAUCGUGGUGAAGAAGACUGUGGAGCCACUUUGGGAGGAAAAUAACGGUACACGACGUUAGCUGAAGGUUAGCUUCUCAGAAACAGGUAGCUCGAGUGGACAGCUAGCUGCUGAGAGAGGGAGGCUCAGCCAUGGAGCGCGGAACUUUUUCAAAGUACUCCUGGACCGACUUCGUCUUCUCCGUGAUCGGAGUGUGCACUUUUCUCGUAGACUGGGGCUCCGAUGUUUGGGUGGCCACUGAGUUUUACUGCCGAGGAGACUUCUUCUGGUUCGGAGUCCUGGUUGGCCUCAUGGUCCUGUCGUCCGUCGUGGUCCAGAUGUUCAGCUGGUUCUGGUUCAAGUACGACCGAGAGCUGCCGGGCUUCAGCGAACACACUGGGGCGAAAAGCGUGCUCUUCGGGGACAGAGUGAAGUUGUCUUGCCUGCUGCAUGUUCUACAACUGGGCUUCCUCUUUAGACACAUUUCCGCCAUACGUCAGGGCUUUAGAGUCUGGUGGAGGAAAGAGGAAGGGUCAGAGUAUGCCGUUUACCUGACACAUGACCUGAGCAUGCUCCGUCUUAUCGAGACCUUCUGUGAGAGCGCACCUCAGCUCACCCUGAUGAUCCACGUCAUACUUCGCACCAACAAGGCCAGGACAGUUCAGUUUGUAAGUAUUGCUGCUUCAACCACCUCCAUAGCCUGGAUGGUAGUGGAUUACCACCGCUGCCUGCGUGCCUUCCUCAUAGAGAAAGCCAAGCAGGGAUGGGGGUCCUCCUUAAUCUAUUUCCUGUGGAAUCUGCUGCUAAUCGCUCCACGGGUGGUGGCACUCGCCCUGUUCUCCUCUGUCCUUCCUGGAUACAUCGCCGCCCAUUUUCUGAUGCUGUGGUUCGUCUUUGUGCUGUGGGCGUGGCAACAGAGGACAAACUUCAUGGACAGCGUGGGUGGGGAGUGGCUGUACCGGUCCACCGUGGGGCUCAUCUGGUACUUCAGCUGGUUUAACGUGGCUGAGGGUCAGACCCGUGGCAGGAGUCUAAUCUACCAUUCCUUCAUGACCAUAGAUGGGGUGAUCCUGCUGGUGACCUGGUGGUGCUACAGAGACCUGGUCCAGACUGAUGCGUUCGUCCUCCCACUUCUCAUCUUUCUACCUCUCACUUACCUCCUGGGGCUGCUUUUUAAAACUCUGUACUACUGCUGUUUCCACCCUAAACUGUGGAGACCUCUGGGGAGGGAGCCCGGACUGCCCAGUGAUCUGCCUGAUGCAGAAGUGUCCUUUAGAGACUUUUCCAUCCAGGACAGCACCCCGUCCUCUACACUUGUCAACAAACGCAUGGCCUGCCACGCCACUAAUUUUUACACAGAUCAAAGAGUCCUCCGAACCCCUCACGGCACAAACGGUGCCGAGCCCCCUCAUCUGUGA